UGUAACCUAAAAAUAAUAACUGGAGGUUUGCCAAAGAAAUAUUUACUUGCUUAUUUGGAGAACUAAAAUUAAAUUAUCUAAAUUUAUUUGAUCUAGAAAUACCUAGAAAGUUCCUUAACAUUAUUUAUAAGAGUAGUCGGUUACAAGUUCAAAUCAGUAUAAAAAACGAAGUGAUUGUGAACAGUAGCAGAACAAGUUCGCACUACCUAAUAUUUUAUUUAAUCUAUUUUAUAAAGUUGACAGUGUUUAAGUUUGAAGAUGGUUCUAAUUAAUACAGAAGAGGCUCAACAGUUAAAAGAGAAAGGAAACGAAGCCUUCAAAAACAGUGACUGGGAAAGUGCAAUUUUGUAUUACACUAAAGCAAUCAAGUUGGCAGAAAAGGACGAAAGGAACCUUGCUAUUUUUUACAAAAACCGUGCAGCUGCUUAUUUGAAGCAAGAAAAAUAUGAAGAAGCCUUGAACGAUUGCAAUAGGUCAUUGGAAAUCAUACCAACCGAUCCUAAGACUUUAUUCAGAAGAAGCCAAGCAUUAGAAAAUCUGGGGAGAUUUGAAGAAGCAUACAGAGACGCUCGUGAAGCUUUAAAUCAAGAACCAAACAAUAAAGCUAUCCAGCCUACAUUGGAGCGAUUAUUCAAAAUUGUCCAGGAACGUGCUAGAGAAAAUGCUCAAACAGUUACAAAAGUUGAAAGUAUGUCUAAAAUUGCUUUCGACAUAUGUGCUGACAAAGAAAAACGUGAAACAGCGAUGAGCAACUUGUUGGUGCUGGCACGUGAGAGGAUCGGUUCUGAAAUGAUAAUAAAAGCUGGUGUUAUCCAGAAAAUCAAACAACUUCUAAAAGUAGAAAAGAAUCGCGACAUUUACCUUAAUGGAAUACGAAUAAUCGGUGAACUGUGUCGACAUUCUGCGGAACAAACAAAAACUGUGCUAAAAGAUGUUGGCUUGCCGUGGUUUUUAGAAAUUUUGGACAGUAGUGAUGAAAAACAGGUUAAUGCAGCCCAGUAUUGUAUGCAGAUAGUGCUGAAUUCAUUUUCAGGCAUGGAUAACAAAGCAGACACUAAACCGAAUAAAGAACUUUGUGAACAAAACAAAUUUCAAAUAGACAUGUUACUCUCGUGUUUGGUGUACUCUCUGAAUAAUAGAACUAUUACGGGAUUGGCUCGUGACGCUCUUAUCGAACUUCUGGCUAAAAAUGUUCAUUAUUCGGCUUUAAAUUGGGCAGAACGCUUUAUGGAAAUCGGAGGGAUUCAAAAAUUAAUGGAGGUAGCAAGUGAAUUAGAAGAGUAUAAGUACGAGAGUUCUAUGAACAUAACUUCAAACACUGCAUCUAUUGUGUCGGUGUGUCUCUCUCGUAUUUAUGAAAAUAUGUAUUACGACGAAGCUAGACAAAAAUUCGUUCAGAAAAUAGAAGACUUUAUCAAAGACAAACUCCUUACCCCUGAUAUUGAAUCGAAAGUUAGGGUUGCAGUAGCUCUCACCGUCCUUCUAAGAGGAACUCUUGAUAUAGGCAACAGUAUAGUGGGUAAAGAAGGUAUUUUGGAAAUGAUUUUGGUGAUGGCAAACACUGAAGAUGAACUUCAACAAAGGGUUGCUUGCGAGUGUCUGAUUGCAGCAGCCAAUAAGGCUGAUAAAGCCAAAGCAAUAAUUAGUAAGGGAAUGGACAUUUUGAAGAAGUUGUAUAAAUCAAAGAACGAUGGUGUCCGUGUCAGAGCUCUAGUAGGUCUUUGCAAACUAGGAAGCAGUAGUGGAACUGAUGCAUCAGCGAAACCAUUGGCUGAAGGAUCAACUAUUAAAUUAGCUGAAGCAUGUAGAAGGUUCCUGUUGCAUCCCGGAGAAAACUGGGAUUUGAAAAAGUGGGCAGCAGAAGGUCUUGCCUAUCUCACACUGAAUGCCGAAGUUAAAGAAAAGCUAAUCGAAGAUCGAGCUUCUCUUCAGGCUCUGAUAGAACUGGGGAAACGUGGUGAUCAUUCUGUUCUCUUUGGUGUCAUAACAACGUUGGUUAAUUUGUGUAAUGCAUAUGAAAAGCAAGAAGUCAUUCCAGAAAUGAUAGAACUAGCCAAGUUUGCCAAGCAACACAUUCCCGAAGAACAUGAACUUGAUGAUCCAGAUUUCGUUUCUAAACGUAUUCUAAUUCUGGGAAAGGAAAAUGUUACUUCAGCACUUGUCGCUCUUUCAAAAACCGAAAGCCCAAAUUCGCGAGAACUGAUAUCCAGGGUUUUCAAUUCUCUCUGCAGCGAACAGGAAUUAAGAGGGAUUGUUGUGCAACAAGGAGGAGUAAAAGUGUUAAUGAGUCUGGCUCUUAAAGGUACAGAAAAAGGUAAACGUCACGCCGCCCAAGCCUUGGCCCGUAUAGGUAUUACAAUGAACCCAGAAGUAGCAUUUCCUGGCCAAAGAACUCUUGAAGUUAUUAGACCGUUAAUAUAUCUUUUGAAUACCGACUUCAGUGGUCUUGAGAAUUUCGAAGCUCUUAUGGCUCUAUGUAACAUAGCCCAAGUAAGCGAACCAGCUCGUCAAAGAAUAAUCAAGGAAGAAGGCAUCUCUAAAAUUGACCAUUAUAUUUACGAAGACCACGAAAUGUUAAAACGUGCAGCAACUCAAGUGACUACCAACCUUUGUAUGUCUCCAGAUGUUCAGAAAAUGUUUGAAGGCGAAAACGAUAAGCUAAAAUACCUCAUUCUUCUAUGUCAAGAGGAAGAUCUUGAAACCGUUCUUGCAGCCUCAGGUGCUAUUGCAAUAUUAACAGGAAACAGCGAAAAAUGUUGCAAGAAAAUGUUCGAAUGCGGUGGAUGGUUGGACAGCUUACGUGCUCUUUUAGCGAACACCAAUAAUAACGUGAGGUAUAGGGGAGUAUCCAUAAUAAGGAACAUGAUGGAAUCUUCUCAAGAAGUUGCUGAAAAAAUUAUAGCUACUGAUAUUAUGGAAAUUUUGAUGGCUUUGCUUAAAUUGGAAGAAGAUGGUAUAAAGAAUGUCAAACCUGCAAUUGAAAAAGCCCUAAAAGCAGCUGAAAAGUGGGGUAUUAUUAAGAAAAAUGAUGGAACUGUUAACGAAGAUCCUUUUGCACACGCUGAAAUUCGAACAGAAUCUGAUGAAAAUGUUACGACUUGAAAUUAAUUUAAUAAUAGUUAUAAGCUAAAAGAAAUAAAAAAUUUUGUCUACUGUUUUAGGUAGAAUAUUGUACAUUCUGUUAAAUCUUUUCAAAUAUUAUGUACAUAUAUUUAUUAAAAAUUUUAACCAGAAAUGAGCUAUUGUAACAAAAUUUUUGUACAUUCUCUAAAGUGAGAUAGAGAACUGAUUAGUCUUGUAUUAUAUGUUUAUUAAAAUUCUAAUCAGAUUUGUAGAAAGUUUUAUCUCUACGAACUUCUAGAUGUUUAGAGCAUUUGAAUUGUCUAAUCCUAGCCUAUACUAACAAUGUUUUCAAAAAUGAAGUAAGGCCAGUCUUCUAACCAUUAGAGCUCAAAGCCAACAUAUGAUGUUCAAACUUCCGAACGAUUAUACAUUUAUUAAUUACAUUAGAGUCUGUCAAAUCAUAUAUUGCAAACUAGCAAUUUGUUAAGAUCAGGUCACAGGCAAUUCCGGAUGUUUUGAAAAUAU